GCGGCCGGAGCUGACGCCUGGUCCCUCUGUGUGUCCUCGCGCGGGCGGCGGUGCGGUGCGGAGCGGAUAGAGUGUGACACCGGCCGGAAGUGCCGGUCCGGGGGGGGAGUGUAUUCAGGAUGAACGUGUUCCGGUUGCUGGGUGACGUGUCCCACCUGGCGGCGGUGGUCGCGCUGGUGGUGAAAAUAUGGCGGAGCCGCUCGUGCGCAGGAAUAUCGGGGAAGAGUCAGCUGCUGUUUGCGCUGGUGUUCACCAGCCGUUACCUCGACCUGUUUACUAACUUCAUCUCGCUGUACAACACCUGUAUGAAGGUUGUCUAUAUCGGUUGCGCGUAUGCCACUGUGUGGAUGAUAUACUCCAAGUUCCGGGCCACCUACGAUGGGAAUCAUGACACGUUCCGUAUCGAGUUCCUGGCUAUCCCGACGGCCAUCUUGGCAUUUCUCGUCAACCAUGACUUCACUCCCCUCGAGAUAAUGUGGACCUUCUCCAUCUACCUGGAGUCAGUGGCCAUUCUGCCCCAGUUAUUCAUGGUCAGUAAGACGGGGGAGGCUGAGUCAAUUACCAGUCACUACCUGUUCUCCCUGGGGAUGUACCGCACCCUGUACCUCCUAAACUGGAUCUACCGCUACUACAGCGAAGGGUUCUUCGAUCUGAUCGCCAUUGUAGCUGGGAUUGUUCAGAGCAUUCUGUACUGCGAUUUUUUCUACCUGUACAUCACAAAAG